AAUCUGCACAAACAUUUGGUUAAGGGAUGACAACGAAUCGUAAAAGCAUCAACAAUUUUAUAGUGCGCUAUAAUUUCUUUAUAAACAAUUAACGGUAAUGCGUAGUCUCAAAAUUGAACUCGAUAAAGUUCAAAUUGAAACGGAAGUAGCUAAACUGCAGGCAUAAUGGACAAACGACGUAAUACCUUGGAUCGUUUUCAGCGUCUGACAUUUGGUCGCAAGUCCACGCCGCCAGCAGCUGCAGCUACAGAAACUGCUGCCAAGAGCAGCGGCGGCGCGGAGAAGCAGCGCAAGUCAUCGGAGCGUUCGGAGCGCCUCAAAGAGCUGACAGAGCUGCUGCGGGGUGGGGGUGGUGCUGGACGUACAUCAUCAACGCCCACGCCGCCGCCGGUGCCGCCGCCACGUAAGCCGCGUAUCUCAAAUAACAAUUCCGUGGCAAGCAGCAUUGAUUUACCGGAUGCUUGCGAGCAACAUAGGUCAACAGCAGAUGACUUGGCUACAGCAAUGGCGCACAGCAAACAGAACAACAACAACAACAACAACAGCAGCAGCAGCAACAACAAUAAUAUUGGUGCGGCCGCACGUCUCUUUCAAUCGAUUAGACCCAACGCCAGUCUCUCCAAUCUGGAAGCUUUCAUGCUGGGCAAUCGCGAGAAGUCCAAAUCACCGCCACCCCCAACAGCAGCAGCAGCGGCAGCAGUUGAGGCCAGUUGCGAUUGGGCCAGCCAACCGACUAGACCGGAGUCUCAGCGUGUGGGCAUCGUGGGUGCAACAACGCCGAAAGGCAUUUUACCAUUUCGUUCGGUUUCGUUCUCUCAAAUCGACUGUAAAUCAACUUUAAGUGCUUUGCGCGAUCGACUGCGGCGGGACAAGGCCACGGAGGCGCACUCGCCGUCCAAUUUGAAUACAAGCUCUUCCAUUGAUUCGGCGCACUCGCUGCCCGGAGAACGCGCACGCACGCCGGAGCCCAACUGGGUUUACAUACCGCUAAAGCGCACCGAGCUCUGCAUCAAUCUGAACUAUGGCCAAGAGAAGUCGCUGGAGCAUGUGCUAGAGGACGUGCCCGACGCCAUACCCGAGGAGGAUAUUUUCAAUACAGACAGCAGCAGCAUUGCGGGCGUGCUGCCUGCCACAGCGAGCAGCGUCAUAGCAGCGCAUGCAAAGAUGGAGUCGCUAUCGGACACGGUGCAGUCGGAGAGUGAGACUAAUGCAGAGGAGACGCCCACAGCGCUGCUCAAAGCGUGUCAUCCACCGGUAAUACUGGAGCCGUUUAGUGCCAGCAACACAGGCAGCUCCAGCACAGACUCCAAUGCGCCCAACAUAGCCACGCUGCUGGAGGAGCAGCAGCCGCUGGAGUGCCUGACAGACAACAUACUGCAAACCGCCACCACUUGUCUUAUACCCGUGCCUGUUUACGAGUGCGCAGCUCAGGAGUGGCUGGAAACACCUGCACAGGAAUGGGUGGAGGUUACUCCAGAAUUCGACAUGGUGCCGCAGACUAUGCAGCCGAACAUUUCACGCGCCGCCUGCAAAGUUACACAACCGGAAACGCUCACCACGCUGCGCAGCGAUCUGCUGCCCACCAUUUCGGUCAGCCGCAGCUCCGAGGAGGCCGACGAGCGUGUGCUGCUGCAGAGCCAAGAGUCUGUGGAGUCUGCCGAGCUGCGCGGCAGUCCAGAUGAGCUGGAGUGCAAAGAUACAAUUGCCACGCCACGUCAUAGCACAUCGGAGCGGCAGAAGCGUCAUCUGGACAAGUGCACCAAGCGCAAGGGCAUGUACAUAGACAACUCGGACUGGCAUCAGCCACAUCGUCAGCUAUCGCUGGACAUAAACAUAGCCAAUUUGGAUACGCAAAAUAAUAAUGAGCCAGUGCUGUUUGAGCUGAAUACGCCAGAGCUGGAGCGGGAUUCGCCUGCCUGGCGCAGCUCGCAGGACAAGUCGCAGCUGCUGAGCAGCUUUAGCUGUCAGAGCAGCGAGGAGAAAGAUGAUACACCUAUUAGAAACAUAAUGGAAUCGCUGUCCGACACUGAGGAGCGCAUUAGCUGGAGUCCCACACCCAGUGGCGAUGCAGAGCACAAACGCUACUCAAAGCGUCCAGUGCGUGGACCCUAUGGCCAAAUGCUGGAAGCUGAAAUGAAGAAACCCAAUCGCCUGCACUUUGAGGAAAUUUUAGAAGAUUUACGCGAGUCCGAUGUUUUGCACACACGUCGCAUUGCCGAUGACUCAUUGCUGUCCAGCAGCAGCAGCAACUCCAUACGCCCCAAUAUGCCGCAGUACUCCAGCUCCAUGCGCGUACGCAAAUCCAACGCGUAUUUGCCAGUGCCAACGCACACACGCGCCGCUUCGACGCCCUCGCAAAUUGAGAGCUCCAGCUUAGCGGCUGCCAAAGAUCACGGCACGGCUGUUGGCGCGGGCAAGCAGCCGCAGCAUCAAAUGAAGCGUGCUGGCUCGGAGGCAACGGCGCUCAAAGCGCUUGCCAAGAAGCAGCCACAUCAUCAUCAUCAUCAUCACCACAAGCGCAGUCUUGAUGCGGGCAACAACAACAACAAUAACAAUAAUAAUAACAACAAUAGCAAGUCAAGGGUUCCCAAUGGCGUUACAGUGCCACCCACAGCUGCUUUGUUGGCCGAACUGCUGAAGGGGUCGAGUGAGAAUAUGUUGGCUGAGCAGCGCCAGAAAAAUGUUGCGGAUACGCGCACUUAUGUAGUGCAGGAAAUCUAUCGCAUGGAGCAGUCCUAUGUGGAGUCGCUGCAAACUGUUGUGCUCAAAUAUUUAAAAGUGUUAAAGUCUCCGGAGCAUGCCAGCAUGAUUGUGGACACACGCACAGUGGAUGAAAUAUUCUUUAUGGUGCCGGACAUACUGCAAAUCCAUGAGAAGUUUCUAGCCGAGCUCAAGCAUCGUUUGGACGAAUGGGAUGUGCAGCAAAAAGUGGGCGAUGCGUUUAUUGAAACGUUCUCCAAGCUGGAAGUGCUGGAGGUAUACACAUCGUUUGUGAACAACUGUAAUCGUGCCAAGAACGCUAUACGCUCCAUGAAGCAUCAGCGACCCUCGUUUGCCAAAUUUUUAGAGUCCACAGCGCGUGAGCACAAAGGCAAACUGACGCUGGACAAUUUGCUCAUCAAGCCAGUGCAAAAGUUUCCCAACUACGAGUUGUUGUUUCAACGCCUUAUCAAGCACACAGAUCACGAUCAUCCGGAUCAGAAGCAUUUGCAGGAUGUGCUGAAGCUGGUGCAUGACAUUUUGGUGCAUAUCAAUUGCAAGGAGCGUGAAAUAAUGGAGAAUGGACAGCGCGAGGCAACGCUGCGUGAGCUCGAAGGCGUCAUUGAGGGCAUGACGGAUCUAAUAGCGCCCGAGCGUCAGUUCUUGCUGUUUGAUUUGGUGUCCAUGCCUUCGGGGCAGGGCGCACGCAAGGAUCGCGGUUUCUUUUUAUUCAAUGAUCUGCUUGUGCUCACCAGCAUCAAAAAACGCAGCGGCACCAUACGCAAGCCCAAUAGCUCCAUAUGUCCCGUGUCUGUGGCCAGCACAUUGGACACCAACAAAUACAAGUUCCUCACCAAGAUAUCGCUGGACUGUUUGGAAAUUGUUAAAUCUAAAGAUGAAAAUGUGAAGCGCAUUGUUAGCGAAAUAGAAAGUCUCUUGGAGGAUUGCGGCAAGCUGCAGCAGAUUAGCGACAUAACAGCAACACUUAAGUACCCGCAUCAGUAUCUGGAAGAUGUAAUACGUGAGCUGCAUCGCGAUAUACAACGCCAGCUGGCCGAUCGUCAAACAAAUGAUGCACAGCUCAACGUUUUGGAGUUGACAGUGAGCUCACCCAAUGGCAGUCAAAAGUUAACUGUGGUCUUCAACAAAACAGAGAAGCGCGCCAUGUGGGAAGAAACCUUCAAUGAAGCCAAACAAAAAUUAGCCGCGACACUCGAGCGCCAUCCCAUUCCAGAAUUCCUUACAUCCAUACCCAUACGCAAGACGCGCGCGGGUCUGCAGUUCACCUGCGCCUCGGCCACGCUGAGCGACAAGCGCGAUGUGUGGGUCUGCAACAGCGACGGCUAUGUGGGCCAGGUGUGCAUCAUGUCGCUGCAUCCGGAGCCGAAUGUCACCAGCUGCAAUGGCGUCUGCAAUGCGCGCAUACUCUGCGUUGCCUCUGUGCCCGCUUAUAGCGCUGCGCAGUCCUGCGCUGGCAAGCAGGAUGAGCAGACGCCACCGCAGCAUAGCUACACGCAACAGCUGCGUGAUUAUCGCAAGAGCAUCUCGCCCAGCAAUCAGCUGCCAGCCAUGCUCAAGCCCAUGGCUACAGCUACGCCGGAGAAGAAGAAAACGCUGACGCCCGUGGGCAGCAACAAUAGUGAUACUCAGCUAGAUUUAAAUUUAAGCUCCAGCGAUGAUGAAACAGAUGCGGCCACAUCUGCUGCUGCAGCUGCAGCUGCUGCUGCUGCCGAACAACGCAUGCCUAGUCCCUCGCCCUCCAAUCAUCCCACAUAUCAUAGUCAACAAGACUCCAAUCCUGAAGAAAGUGAAUGCAAUCAGUCAACCAUGUGGAUUGGCACUGAGGAUGGCUGCAUCCAUGUCUACAACAGCACUGAUAAUAUUCGUAUUAAAAAGAAUCGUAUUAAAAUUGAACAUCAUUCGGCUGUAUUUUCUAUAUUAUAUCUGGACAAUCGUGUAUUUGUAUCUUUAGCAAAUGGUGAUAUUUAUGUUUAUCUCAGAGAUGGUGCUACAUCUUGGAACACUUGCUCAUCGCAUUGUAUAUCAAUUGGCACAGUUACUAGCCCAGUAAACAAAUUGCUGAAUGUCAAUGGCAAGCUCUGGUGCUCCAUACAGGGUAUAAUCAAAGUAUUGGAUACAGAAACCUUUUCGGUGAUUAAUCAAAUACAAAUAUCCUCAGACUCAAAGCCAAUUACAAACAUGACGGUAGCCAACAAUUAUGUAUGGAUAUCCAUACAAAACUCAGCGCAUAUUAAAUGUUUCCAUUGCAAUACCCACCAAUUGAUUACCGAAGUGAAUCUUGCACCCGCCGUUAACAAAAUGCUCUCGAACUGCGAUGAAAUCAUUCGUCAGCAUAAGGCCGCCUGUCUGCGCGUCACCUCGCUGCUCUGCUGCAAGGAUCUGAUUUGGAUUGGCACCAGCGCUGGUGUGCUGCUCACCAUACCAGCGCUGGGCUAUGAGAAGGGUGCACCCAAUAUUGUGCCCACGGGCAUUCCUCAUGGCCACACUGGUCACGUGCGUUUUCUCACCUUUGUGGAGACGCCCACGCAGGCGCUGGAAGGUGGCGCUCAACCUGCUGCUGCUGCUACAGCACGUGAAUCCAGCAGCGGCAACAGCGAUGAGUACUCCAAGCAAGGUUCGCUGAAGGGCUCGAAAUCCAAAACGGAAACCAACAAUAUACUCAUCAUAUCGGGCGGCGAUGGCUAUGAGGACUUUCGCAAUUCUGGUGCCAAUUCGCUUAGUGAGAUUGCCGGACGCGAGGACAGCACCAACCAUUUAUUGAUUUGGCAAAUUUGAAGCAGAAGACGUAAAAAUCGCUGGCGCUUACUACUUUCGAGAUGGAAAAACAACAAUUAAAUUCCAUAGCUCAAUAUAGAAAGUUGACUGCUGCGAUUUUUAUGCAACACACACACACAAAUAUAUUUAUACACAUAGACUUUACUAUUAAUUUAUAAACAUGUCAGAACGAUUUAACAAUUUCUUAUGCUACAAAUUAAUUGGCAAACUACAAUCAAAGUUUAAUUGCCGACUGGUUCGGUUCGGUUUGGUAGCAAACGUAUUCGGUUUAUUUUAGUAAAUUAUCCAUAACUAUGUAUUGUUUAAUAUUAGCUGAUCGAUCAGCAAUGAACUACUAGUGCCAAAAAAGAGAAAUAUAUAACUUAUUGCGCCAAACAUUCUGAAUGUUAUAUUCUAAUGUAUGUUAUCGAAAAUCCUAGCUAGGCCAUAUGUGGAGCUAUAUUCCAAAACACACACACACCCAUCAAACAAACAAACAUUAUUACAAAUUAUUAGUAUAAU